AUGUCUAGAGAUCAAUACGGAUUCUUGAAAAGUUCACAAUGGGUUACUGAGGAAGACUAUAAUGAGUUUCAAAAUAAAUAUGCACCCAUUAUGAAGCGAAGAUUAUUAAAAUGGAAACAACUUUUAGCAGAUAACAAUGGUCAAUGGCCUGCAAGAAGUAAUAAAAUUAAACGUUACAUCCGAAAAGGUAUACCACCUGAUUUAAGAGGACAGGCUUGGUUACAUUAUAGUGGAGCAAAAGCAAAAAUGGAAGCAAAUAAAGGUUUAUAUUUUGAUUUGGUGAAACAUGCAGAAGAAAUAGGAAAUGAAAAUGAAAAUCUUGAUAUUAUUGAAAGAGAUUUACAUCGUACAUUUCCUGAAAAUAAUCAUUUUCGUCCUGAAAACAAUUCUUUAUCAAAUACAGAAAAGAAGAUACCCAUCAUUCAAUCUUUAAGAAGAGUUCUUUUAGCUUUUUCGAUCUAUUCCCCUUCAAUUGGUUAUUGCCAAUCAUUAAAUUAUAUUGCAGGCAUGUUGCUUUUAUUUAUGAAUAAUGAAGAAGAAGCAUUUUGGACAUUUGUAGUUUUGAUUACCGAUAUUUUGCCAUCCAGUAUUUAUGAUGUGACGAUGGAAGGUGCCAAUAUAGAUCAAAACGUGCUGAUGAGUUUAAUCUCCGAAAGACACCCUCACUUGUGGAACAGGAUCUCUGGAGGGAAAACGUUUUGGGAAUGUGAAGAAGAAGCGACUGUAGGUAUGCCAACUUGUUCUUUAGUUACUAGUCAUUGGUUCUUAACUUUGUAUAUUAAUAUUUUACCGACCGAGAGCGUAUUACGUGUUUGGGAUUGCUUAUUUUAG